AUAGCAAACCUCCAAUUCAAAAACUCAGCAGUUGGAAAAGAAUUUUGCUUUCUAGUCAUCUCGGUCACACAUUCUCAACAGAAACACCAAUUGUUCAAGCUUUCUUUCAGCAACAAUGUCUUUGAUCCGAUCAUUGUUUGGCAACCCAAUGUCAACUGACAUCUGGGCACCAUCUGGGCCAUCGAGCAAUGAGAUUUCAUCAUUGGCUAAUGCACAAGUUGAUUGGAAGGAGACACCAGAAGCUCAUAUUUUCAAGGCAGAUCUUCCAGGACUGAAGAAAGAAGAAGUGAAAGUUGAGAUUGAAGAAGGAAGGGUUCUUCAAAUGAGUGGAGAAAGAAGUGUUGAGAAGGAAGAGAAGAACGACAAGUGGCACUUAGUAGAGAGAGGUAGAGGCAAGUUCAUGAGGAGAUUCCGGUUACCAGAGAAUGCUAAGGUUGAUGCAGUGAAGGCAUCAAUGGAGAAUGGUGUACUUACUGUUACUAUUCCAAAGGCUGAGGAGAAGAAACCUGAAGUCAAGUCCAUUCAGAUCAAUUGAUUUGAGCCUAAAUAAAUGUGGACAAGUUUUAUCUAGUGUUCUGGUAUAUGUUUCCUUUCAUAUGUUGUGCUUGAUUUGUGUUCCCUGAGAAUGAUGUCGUACAGUCUUAUGUAUAUGUCGUGCUUUGAGUAACAAAUUUGCUUGGACGUAAUUUCUAUCACUAUUUCUAUUUC